UCCGCUCACAAACAGCGGGUUGUUGAAGAGCAAAUGGAAAACUUCAUUCUGUACGAGGAGCUUGGGGCAGGCCACAACUCAGUUGUCUAUAAAGGAAGAAGGAAGGGCAAUCUCAACUAUGUUGCCAUCAAAUGCACUGACAAAACCAAGAAAUCCGAGAUUACUAACCAUGUACGCCUCACCCAGGAUCUGGAUCAUCCAAAUAUAGCCAACUUCUACGAGUGGUAUGAGACAAGUAACCACCUGUGGUUGGUGGUGGAGCUUUGUACAGGGGGUUCCAUGGAGACUGUAAUUGCCCAUGAUGGAAGCCUGUCACAAGAUGCGGUACGAAGGUUUGGAUGGCACUUAGUCAAAGGACUGAAACACAUCCAUGAGUUAGGAAUCAUUUUCUCUGACCUGACUCCUGCUAAGAUCCUACUUGAUGGCAGCGGCAUUCUGAAGUUUGGUAACUUCUGUCUGUCUAAGGCAGAGGGAGACACGCUGCAGGAUUUCCUUACCUUGUUCUCUGCAUCUGAGGAGAUAGAGGAAGGAGACAGCAAUCAGAACACUGACAACUUAAAGAAAAGAUUACAAGGUUCUACAGCUUACAGUGCUCCAGAGGUUUUGGAAGGAUCAGAAACUAAUAUGAAGUCUGAUCUCUGGUCUCUUGGUUGUAUAUUAUACUACAUGUACACCGGUACACCCCCCUUCUUCUCUGACAACUACACUGAAUUGAGAGAGAUGAUCUUGAAUAAGGAACCACCACCUCCCAGGCAGACAGUGGUUUCUGCAGGUCCUCCCUGCCAGGAUUUCCAGAGUCUUCUGAAAGGGUUGCUCAACAAAAACCCUGAGAGGAGGAUGAACUGGCCACAACUGCUGGCUCACCCUUUCUGGAAACAGAUUAUAAAGGAGGAAGAGGAUGCCGAAAAAGGUGAAGAGAAGAAUGAAGAAAAUGAAGAGGCAGAAAAUGUCUGCAAGGAGGUUGUUUCUUGUAGUUUCAGGCCAUGUGACAGAAGGACUGACAGCCAAAAUUCUGUCAACCACACAUCCUCUGGAGCCUUGAGCCAAAGCCAGACCCUGAAUAGUGAAGUCGGAAGGGAGAGAAGAAGAGAAGGAGAACCUGACGAUGACUCUAAGUUAACUGGGAGUCUGCAGAUGUGCCGCACACUGCAGACCAAUAAGUCAUUCACACUAGAUAAUGUUUCAGACCUGAAGCCAAAGAGUGGUUUGGAUGAGGACAGCACUGAGGCCAUUUUUCUGCUCAGCUCCCGUGCCAACUCAAUCAGAAACUGCAGUUCAUCUGACUGUCCAAAUCAGAACAUUGCACCUCAGGUUACUCUCACUACCAGUAACUGUACUGACACUACACCCUGUGUGAAGGAUCUUCUCCACACUGAAUUUGAUCUCACUGUCACCCCAGUCCUCGACAACCCCAAGAUUUUGAAGAACCCACCUGUGCGAUAUGAUCCUAAAACCCUAUGUGUACCUGCAUAUUCAGGUGAGAAGCUACAGUCUCUGAGUGAUGAAGAGUGGACUGUCUUUCUAUCACAGCUUUGUUCAUCCAUUGAAGAACAGGGCCACUCCACUUCCACGGCCACUCGAUCCAAACUCAACCUCCUGUGCUACCUCGGCUGUGUGGUUGGACAUACAGUUAUCGCUAACAGGCUGAUUAACUCAAGACUGCUUCUAGUUUUGGUCCACCUGUUGCGACAAGCUCCUAACUGGGACAUACGGAGCAAGGUUCUCAGAGUGAUGGGACUACUGGCUCUGCACUGUAGUGACCUUGGAUUGGACAGUCCUGUUUCUGAGGCUGUGUCCACACUAACAGACCUGCUGAGGGAUAAUCUAAGGAACAGUAAAAUAAAACGGCUCCUGCUGCCACCACUCGCGGAGUUCCUCUACCUCAUCUCCUCUCAG